UCCGAGCCCGCCCCGGGCUGGGCAGCGCCGGGAGCUGCCCCGGGCUCGUCUGUGCCGAUCCUCCGAAUCUGGCUCCUGGCUAGAGCUGACAGAUGAUGGAAACAUUUCCCUGGCGAUGUCUCUGGGGCGACUCCUCCGUCGAGCCUCCUCGAGAGCGUCCGACCUCCUGACGCUGACUGCCGGCGGCUCCUGCUCCCUGCUCGAUGGGGACAUCAUCUACUCCAAGAACAAUGUGUGUGUGCACCCCCCCGAGCUGCUGCAGGGCAUCGGGGAGCACCACCCAGGCUACCUGUGCUUGUACAUGGAGAAGGACGAGCUGCUGGGCGCCACGCUGAUGCUGGCCUGGGUGCCCAACUCGCGCAUCCAGCGGCAGGACGAGGAGGCGCUGCGCUACGUCACCCCCGAGGGCUCCCCGGUGCGCAAGGCGCCCCGCAAGCGCGGCCGCCACGGCCCGGGCCUGGGCACCGCGUCCCCCCCGCAGCCCCGGGGGGCGCCGGGCCCCGGCGGGGACUCCCAGGGGCUCCCGGCGUGCCAGCCCCCGAGGGACGGGGCGCCCUCCUCGGAGCAGGAGAAGCUGGCACAGAGCGCCCGCCCGGCGCCGCAGCCGCCCCGCAGCGACUCGGGCACCCCGUCCACCGUCAGCUCCCAGGAGGAGCCCUGCAGGUCCGAGGGCACGGAGGAGGGCCUGGACUGCAGGGAGGACGAGGGCUCCCUGGAGCUGUCUGCUGACGAUGUGAGCAGGGACAGCACUUUUGACUCUGAUUCUGAUGCCUUCUCUUCCCCCUUCUGCCUCUCUCCCAUCAGUGAAGCCCUGGGGAAAAGCAGCAGCUCCGUGUUCAUGGACAGUGAAAGCAGGGACACGUGUGACAAUCGCAUGACCUGCUCCACCAGCUCUGCCUCCAGCCUGGACACCAGUGCCCAGUUCCAGGAGAACAAUGGGCAAACGCAGAGCACCAGAUGGGAUGAGCAGCAGAAGGUAUUUGCCCUCGAGCAGGUGUGUGGCGUCUUCAGAGUAGACCUGGGACAAAUGAGAUCCCUUCGCCUUUUCUUCAGUGAUGAGGCGUGCACCUGUGGGCAGCUGGUGGUGGCGAGCAGGGAGAGCCAGUACAAGAUCUUCCACUUUCACCACGGGGGCCUGGAUAAACUGUGCGAGGUGUUCCAGCAGUGGAAGUACUGCACAGAGACCCAGCUCAAGGAGCAGCAGCUCGCAGAUGAGAAAACCUGCAUGCAGUUCUCCAUCCGCCGGCCCAAGCUGCCCUCCUCAGAGACACACCCCGAGGAGAACUGCCAGCAGCGCCUGGACGUGGCAGCCUGGCUGCAGCACCUCAACGAGGCCGGCCAGGUGGAGGAGGAGUACAGGCUCAGGAAGGCCAUUUUCUUUGGUGGGAUUGAUUUUUCCAUCCGUGGGGAGGUGUGGCCCUUCCUGCUGCACUACUACAGCUACGAGUCCACCUCUGAGGAGAGAGAGGCACUGAGGCUGCAGAAGAGGAAAGAAUACUUUGAGAUCCAGGAGAAAAGGCUGUCCAUGAGUCCAGAUGAGCAGAAGGAUUUCUGGCGCCAGGUGCAGUUCACGGUGGACAAGGACGUCGUGAGGACCGACCGCAGCAACCAGUUCUUCCGAGGGGAGGGCAACCCGAACGUGGAGACCAUGAGGAGGAUCUUGCUGAACUAUGCAGUGUUUAACCCAGCCAUUGGCUACUCCCAGGGCAUGUCUGACCUGGUUGCCCCACUCCUGGCAGAGGUCCUGGAUGAGUCUGAUACCUUCUGGUGCUUUGUUGGGUUGAUGCAGAACACGAUCUUCAUCAGCUCGCCCCGGGACGAGGACAUGGAGAAGCAGCUGCUGUACCUGCGCGAGCUGCUGCGGCUGAUGCACCCGCGCUUCCACCAGCACCUGUGUGCCCUGGGGGAGGACGGGCUGCAGAUGCUCUUCUGCCACCGCUGGAUCCUGCUCUGCUUCAAGAGGGAGUUCCCCGAGGCCGAGGCGCUGCGCAUGUGGGAGGCCUGCUGGGCUCACUACCAGACAGACUAUUUCCACCUCUUCAUCUGCGUGGCCAUCGUGGUGAUUUACGGGGACGACGUCAUCGAGCAGCAGCUGCCCACUGACCAGAUGCUGCUGCAUUUCAGCAACCUGGCCAUGCACAUGAACGGGGAGCUCGUACUCAGGAAGGCCAGGAGUCUGCUGUACCAGUUCCACCUGCUGCCGCGCAUCCCCUGCAGCCUGCACGACCUCUGCAAGCUGUGUGGGACAGGCAUGUGGGACAGUGGCUUCAUCCCCGCCGUGGAGUGCUCUGGGCACCACCCAGAGUCCGAGAGCUGCCCCUACGGGGGGCUGGUGGAAGAGUCUUCUCCUGCAGCAGGAAGUGAAGGCAAGAAGGGCCUGAGGACACGGGAUGUCUUUGCCUUCCGAAAAUAGCGGAGAGGAACAGGGUGCGACGGAAGGGAAGGGAAGGGCAGGAAGGAUGUGCACAGGGAAAAUGUCAAAGAAAGAAAUGGAGGAAUGGCUUGUCAAGGCUCCUGAGAAGACUGGAAGGUGUGCAAUGGAGGAGGAGUUCAGUUGCUCUGUAGGGGAAGUUCCGUUGCGUGGGUGAUGGAACCUGAGACAAAAGCAUCGACCCAGGAACUGUGUUUGGAUUUGAUUUUCUUAGAAACAAGCUUUUCUAGGUUUUAACAAGGACUUUUUAUUCUGCCUCUGGGACUGGACUGGUUAGCAACCAGAACUUUCUUACCUGCUGGUGAGAAAUGAGAGCACUCCAGGGAUCCAAGGCCGCCCAGAAGUGUUGGUGGGCAGGUGGCAGGAGCAGGGCCAAGGCCACUGUCCCCUCACCCAGAGCACACCUCUCUGCUUCAACCAAACACGCAGCUUCGUGGCUUCUUUUUAAAGCCAUUAAAGCCAUUUUAAUUAUAAUCUGCCAAAAAUAAAACUGCAGAGCAUUGGGA